AUAUUUUGUCUUUUUACUUUAAUACUUUAAAAACACAUGUAUAUAUACAUAUAUAUAUUAGAGAUGUUAUACAUAUAUACAUAUGCUAUUAGAGAUGGAGUACGAACUCCAGAAGCAACUAAGGUACCCAUUCUCCUUAACAAUGACUGCGAAGGAAACGAAUGCAGAAAUAAUGACAUUGGAGGAGAUAAGGAAGGCCCGACGUGCAUUGAUACCAAGAGCGAGGAUGUACCUAAGGACUGCAUUAGCAAAGACAUCGAAAGACCGCAAAAUGUUGGAAGCAACAUCAUUGAAAUUAGUGACGAUGACACAUGGGAAGAAAAAACACUCGAGGAGGUCGCAUGUUGCGAUAAUGGCCCCGUCCGAACAAAUCGAUGCAAAGAAUUGAAUCUAGUUACAUCUGAUUUAUUUUGUGUUAAUUCAAACUUAAAUCGAGGCUUUAAUAUAUAUCACGUAAUGUCCACAGGGCCAUACACAGAUGUCAUUUACUACAACUACUCAAAAGGCUUAUGUGAAGGACUUCCAAUAUGCACAAAAACGCACACCGUGUGCAAACAUUUUGAUGGAACGGAAACGGAGUUCAAUGGCCAGUUGCAUACCCACUACAUACUGGCCAUUUACACUGACCAGGGAGCACGUUCAUCCGAAGCAGAAUCUCUAAACAUCAGAAGGAACUAUUUAAAAUCAAAACGAUAUACUUGCCACGGAUGCAACAAUAUUACCAAACAACGCUUUGGCCACCACUGCUUCGCGUGCAAGAGCAGAAUUAAAAUUAUCAGUGUUAAUUCGGCUGGGCAUUUUAAGAACCUCGUAACAUAUUGUACAGAGCGUCCUUAGCUAUGUAUUGGCACAUAUAAUAGACGUAAGCAAUUUACCAGAUGACACACCAACAAAAACAGCAAGAGAAAAGAAUUAUCAAAAAUUAAAGCGCACGUUUAGAGACUUUUUAUUUGACAACCGAAUCAUGAACAGCCGACAUUAUGACAAGACACUGGAAACGAACGAGGAACUACGACAAUUAGAACUGGGAAUGCCACUAAAGGACUUAGAUACAACGAAGAAGACAGUUUUCAGACAGAUAUACCUAAAAAUAAGAUUUGAUGAUGUUUUAUCCCCAAGAGUAACACCGAGUGACAAUGUAGCAAAACUAGGAGCUUUGACAUUUCUCCUUAGUACCAAUGCCACUCAAAAUCAAAUCUCGGUAGCUAUGCUUAAAUAGCCUGAAUCACAAAAAGAGGGGUUUAAUACUUUGCGGUCUAAGUGAUUCAGGCAAAUCCUUUUUAGCAAAUUUAUUAUACUCUACCUAUCUACCUAAUCUAGGGGUCAAUAUCAUUAACAACUGACGUUAAAUACAAAGACUCUAUGCCAAUAGACCCUCACCCAACGCUCAUCACUAUGAACUCAACGUCCAAACAAGAUAUUAUGAAAUGGCACCCAUCAGAAUAUCUGGCGUUCGAGAACAGGUGCACAAUCCUAUAUUUAGGUAUACCAAUUGCUAACUUAUUUACACAAUCAGAACUGACAGCACUAGCACAAUGUGGGCCAGAAUUACUUUACAUGUUAUCACUAUUUAAAACACAGCACACACACACAACAGACAAUGUAUUGGAUAAAUUCAAAGACUAUAUAUAUAUUUAAUCAUGUAUUUCAUUAAAUA